GCUGGUAUUUAAUUAAAAAACACAGGCAGUUUGAUUGCUAAUCCCAUUAACAUCACAUGUAAGCCAGAACUACUGGUCAGUGGACAUUCAUGUUUGUGAACCAGAGCAUCUUCCAAACAGCUGCAAGACCUCAAGAGAGAUUUGAAGCAGAGAAGAAACGACUGAACACGCUGAAUAAGUGCGCCUCAAUGAAACUCGAUGUGAACCUCCAAAAGAAAAAGAGUGAAGACUCUGAUGAAGAAGAUCUUUGUGCCAUUAGUAACAAAUGGACUUUCCAAAGGACAAGCCGAAGAUGGUCUCGGGUAGAAGACAUUGACACCUUAAUUCAUCAAUCAGGGAAACAUGGCUCCUCAGGGGACAGUAAAAUGAAGAUCACAACCAGUAGUGAAAGCGUACUUACUGAUCUGAGUGAGCCUGAGGUCUCAUCUAUUCACAGUGAGAGCAGUAGUGGAAGUGACCAUAGGAGUCAGUCUGUAGUUAGCAGCCUUCUCAGGGAGACAUUGGAUGGAUCAGGACAAUACUGUGUAGAAAAUGCUCAUGACUUUUGUUCAGCUGGCAGUACCCUUUCCCAGCUUCCAGAAGAUUCUACGAACCUCAGGAAUGAGAACCCAAUGCGAACCAAAGCUAAAACGUUUUUAAAGCGCAUGGAGACACUUAAAAACAAGAGUGCCCAUGGAAAAUUAAAAGGUGCUGGGAGGACUAGUGGCUUAGUAAUAAGUAGACCUAUUCUUCAGCAUGAACCAAAACUCCUAAAGGAUUUGCAAUGUAUGGAGAUAAGGGAUGGAGACCUCCAAACUGUAGGAACUCAAGACACAUUCAAACAAGGAUCUUCUUUCUCUGCUAAAUCUAGCAGUGACAGCAGCCAGUCGGAGAUGAGCAGUAGUGGCAUGAGCACUCCUUCCUUAAAGGAGCGCAAGUAUCAUGAAGCAAAUAAACGAGGUGGCAUGUACUUGGAGGAUCUGGAUGUUCUGGCAGGGGCAGCACUCAGGCAAGGAAUGGAUCAAAACCAUAGAAAUGAAUUUCAUUCCCAAGAGAACCUAGUGGUUCAUAUUCCUAAAGACCAUAAACCUGGAACAUUUCCUAAGGCACUUUCAAUUGAAAGCCUGUCUCCAACAGACAAUAGCAAUAGUGUCAGCUGGAGGACAGGUGGCAUUUCAUUAAACAACAAGACGGGUUCAACACCCAAAGAUGCCAGCCCCCUUGCUUCUUGCCCAAAGGAGAGCCGAAUUAGCAUUUAUGACAAUGUUCCAGGUUCUCACUUAUAUGCCAGUACUGGAGACCUUCUAGACUUAGAGCGAGAAAACUUUUUUCCUCAUCUGGAUGACAUUUUGCAGCAGGUCAAUGGGCUUCAAGAAUCUGUAGAUGGUUGGUCAAAAAAUAUAUUGCCAGAAUUGAAAAACAAUGUUUUAUCAGUAGGUGACUGUAGCCCUCUGGCAUUUCAGUCACCAACAAAAAUUUCAUUAGACUUUGAACAGAACUCUGUAUCUGAUGGCCGAACAACUCCUAGUGAUAUGGAUAGAGAUGGAACAUCUCUCAAUGAAUCAGAAGCUCCUGGUGUCAGGGAUAGAAGAGACUCUGGUGUUGGAGCAUCACUUACCAGGCCAAACAGGCGAUUGCGCUGGCAUAGUUUCCUGAUCUCUCACCAAAUGAGCCAUGCCAUGGGAUCACUCCAAAUUAGCAGUCAGUCAGCUGCUCAGUUAAAUCUGCUACAAAAAUUUUCCCUGCUUCGUCUUACUGCCAUCAUGGAAAAAUAUUCCAUGUCAAACAAGCAUGGCUGGACAUGGUCUGUACCAAAGUUCAUGAAGAGGAUGAAAGUUCCAGAUUACAAAGAUAAGAACAUCUUUGGUGUGCCUUUAAUAGUCCAUGUGCAAAGAACUGGGCAACCCUUGCCACAGGGCAUACAGCAAGCGUUACACUAUUUACGGAAUAAUUGCCUGGAUCAGGUGGGUCUUUUCCGGAAGUCAGGUGUCAAAUCUCGAAUACAGGCCCUACGUCAAAUGAAUGAAAGCUCCUCUGAAAAUGUCAGCUAUGAAGACCAGUCCGCAUAUGAUGUGGCUGACAUGGUGAAGCAGUUUUUCAGAGACCUCCCUGAGCCUCUUCUCACUAGCAAGCUAGGAGAAACUUUCCUCCACAUCUAUCAAUACGUUCCCAAAGAACAGCGAGUUCUGGCAGUUCAAGCAGCCAUAAUGUUGAUGUCAGAUGAAAACAGAGAGGUUCUGCAGACUCUGUUGUGUUUCCUGAAUGAUGUCACUUCUGUAGAAGAAAAUCAAAUGACUCCCAUGAACAUAGCUGUGUGCCUGGCUCCUUCUCUGUUUCAUCUCAACAUAAUAAAGAAAGACAGCUCACCACGAGUAAUACAGAAGAAAUACGCAUCUGGGAAGCCAGAUCAGAAAGAUCUCAGUGAAAACCUGGCAGCUACUCAGGGACUUGCACAUAUGAUAACAGAAUGUGAUAAACUUUUUGAGAUUCCCCAUGAGAUGGUAACACAGUCUCGGAACUCCUAUAUUGAAGCUGAAGUACAUCCUCCAACUCUGGAGGAACUGGGCAAACAAAUGGAUGAAGCAGGUGGCAGUUUCCAGACCUAUCUGGAAAGUCUUGUACUAAACCUCUGUAAAGAGGCUAAGGACAAAUUCAAAGGAUGGGUCACUUGUUCAACCAUAGAAAAUACAGACCUCUCCUACAAAAAGGUUGGAGAUGGAAAUCCACUAAAGCUAUGGAAGGCAUCGGUAGAAGUUGAAGCUCCUCCUUCUGUUGUCUUGAAUCGUGUAUUAAGAGAACGCCACCUUUGGGAUGAGGAUUUCUUGCAAUGGAAAGUCAUUGAAACCUUGGAUAAACAGACUGAGAUCUAUCAAUAUGUUUUGAAUAGUAUGGCUCCACAUCCUUCUAGAGACUUUUUAGUACUCAGGACCUGGAGAACAGACCUGCCAAAGGGGAUGUGUAUAUUAGUGGCCAUCUCCAUAGAACAUGAAGAAUGCCCUCUGAUGGGAGGUGUCCGAGCAGUUGUUAUGGAUUCCCAGUACCUAAUAGAGCCUUGUGGCUCUGGAAAAUCUCGUCUGACACAUAUCUGCAGGACUGAUCUCAAAGGUCAUUCAUUGGAAUGGUACAAUAAAGGCUUUGGACAUCUGUGUGCAGCUGAAGUUACCAAUAUCAGAAAUUCAUUUCAACCCCUGAUUGCUGAGGGACCAGAAACAAAAAUCUGAGUGAUGAAGACCCUUCAUGUGUGGAGUUCUAUGCAUGCACUGGAGCCACUGGAUUUUUAACCUCCAUUUGUGCAAUAGCUAACAUGGCAUAUUUGAAAGGCUCUGCCAUUUCCUGGAAAUGUCACUUAUCUCCAUGUUGAUUUCCUUUACUGGAGAGCAGUUUCUUUAGGCUCUAAAAAUAGACUACUGCCAUUAUUGGUAUUGCCUAAUUCUAAUAUUUAAAGGCUUCUGGGAAGCUUAUUUUAAACUGUACAUAUGAAAUGUAGAAAUGUAAAUAUUGUAUAUACUCUGCUAUGUAUAAUAUCUAAUUAUAGAUAUGUAUAUUAUUAUUAUUAUUAUUAUUAUCAUUAAGUUUUAUAUAUACGCUGGUGCUUUCUAAAAGAAAUUAUCUACAUCUGUUUGGAAUUUAUUUUCACACUGUUAGGUCUGAGUCUCUCUCAGAUUUUGUUAGAACAUUUGCUGUUAUUGCAAGAACUAUGACAUCAUCUGUGUGAUAACUAGCAACAAGUGGAAUACUUAAGCUGUUCCUAUGUUAGCCCAAUUUUUAAGGAGAGGCAUAGAGAUGGGCAUAGCGAAAUAAGGAGGGUUUGUUAAGACGAGGGAGUACUGUAUGGUCAAAAGUAAUUAACAACAGAAUAUUAGUUAGGCCAAAAACACGUUAUCCUGAGGCAUUCAAAUCUGGUACAUAAUUCUUUGCUUUGGCCUGUAGUAAGUCUAAAGCACUGUAAAAAAUAUAUCUUUCGCCAAAUUGUGAUCAAGAAAUGGCUUUCUGUUUGCGACAUUCAGAGUAUUUCUUAGACUAAUACUAGAACCUGCCAAGCUAACAAGUGCUUACAAUCAGAGCUUGAAACGGUUACAUUAUUGAAGUACAGCUCCCAGUUUCCCAUGCUGCCUGAAAGGUUUUGGGAAGUGAGGUUCCAACAAGUAGUUUUUACAAGUUCUACUUAGAAACUGAUGAACCAACUGUGGAAUGUCUGCACCAACACAAAAUGAGAUUUUACACAGAUGUUGUUUACCAUGCCUGGUAAGCAUUGCUUAUGUUUGGAAUGUUAAGAUGAAUAUGCAAACCAUUCACUCCAAAAUAGUCCCCAUAUUAUCCAUAGGCUUAUUCUAAGCCAAACACUGUGAGGUUGACAGCUGAAAUCCUAUACAGUCCUUAGAUUCUGAGUUAGAGGAAAUCACCCAUAGCUGAAUCUGUUAAGUAGCCUCUUUAUGUGCUAGAGACUUCAGGGAAUGGAGUUUUGGAAGACAUGGCACCUGAGCUGAUACUGUAGUAGUACUUCAUGAAAGAGGGAACUACUGCCCUCUCUGCUGCACCAUCACCACAGACAUGUAAGGGAAAUAGAUUUUCCACUGCAUUAUGAACUGAAUAAGGAGGUUUGGUACAGUAUGGGUGGCAUCCUGUCAGCCGCAUACACAUGCCAAAGUGUGGCUUAGCCAUGCAUAUGCCUCUUUUUUGGUGGGACAUUUCAUCCAAAACCCCUCUCCUGGAUCUGUCAAGCCCCAGCAGUGAUCAUUCAGAUGUUGAAGAUGCAGCUGAUCUGGUCUUUGAAGGAAAGGAAAAUGGGUGUACUCCAUAUAUGAGCACAUGUUCAUCCCCUCCCCCCCAGGUGCUACUAGCUGCUCCAUUAUCUAAGUUGUAUUUCCUCUUCCUACCAGUGGGGAGUGACAGCAGCCACCCUCCUGGAGCUUGACAACUAUCAGAGUAGGGUAGAACUGCAUCAGUGGCGUUUUAUGCCCACUUAAUGUAGGCUGUCAGCCUAUGUUUAGGGGAGGAGGAUUCCAUCAUGCUCCCCAUUAUGUAGAAUGAGAUGGGGCACCAAAUGCACAUAGAGGUAACUAAGCUUUUUAGGGCAAGCCCAUGCAAAUUUAGGACAAUGUCCAUCAUUUGACAUGUCUAGGUUGAUUUUAAUAAGAUUCAAUCAUUAUUCACUUUUUCAGAGAUCAAGCUUUAGUUUAUAAUAUACUGGAGGUGGACAAACAUGGUUCAUACUCCAUAUGACCAUAUCUGUGUCUCAUGUCAUUCCCAUUCCCUGCUACAGUUGGGAGAACCACCCUGGUGAAAUUUGACAGAACCACACACACCAAAGGUCAUUUCAAUCUUCCUUUCCAGAAGGGAAAGACAUACUGCCCUGCCACUCCACAGGGCUCAAUGGUACAGUAAAGAGCCCAGGCACCCUCCUGCACCAUGGAGAACCACUACAAUUGACACCAGAUAGCUGCAUGGCAGGGAUUGGACUGGGUGGCCCCUGUGGUCUUUUCCAACUCUAUGAUUCUGUUAUUAGAUUUCAGUAAGAAUUGUGCCAGUGGCAAGAACCUCAUUGACUGCCACAAACUUGCAGUGAGCAUGGCCCCUGAUGUGUGGCAAAAAUGAAUGUCCCUAGUGCACUGCUGAAGUUGCUCACAUCCACCUUAUUUCAAUAGUAGUGCCAGCAUUAUAAUAAACAUUAUUAAUUAAAAGUCUACAGAAAACUUUGCUUAACAAUUGCUAAUAAAACAUUGCUCCCAACAAUGAGUCACUUUAGUUAUCUUCACUAUUGUUAAUCAUAGUCCUGAGGUUCACAGUCCAGAAGCAUUUCACUUAGAAAUGCUGCCUAUAUGCACACAAUCUAUAUAGUAUAUGUUGCUGUGUGACUGUGACCCACAGGAUAGCCACAAAACAGAGACAAUCUCUUACAGCACAAUCCAAUCCAUGUUUACAGAGCAAUAAAACCCUUCAAAUUCAGUGGCUCCUGCUACCAUCAACACAUGUAUAGGCUUGCCACUUUAAUAAGGUUGUAAACACUAUUUUUAUAUAGAAUAAGAUUUUUAUAAUGUUGUCAUAAGCUGAAAAAAAUCCAAUAGGAAGGAGAAAAUCCUACAAAGAUGUACUGGUAGCCAUGUUGUAGGUUUCUGUAACCUGUUCUAUCAUGGCCCUAUCCCCUGAUUCUGAAUAUUUGACUUGGACAAUUCUUCCUCAUUUCAGUGAUAUUGAACUUUUCAAUAACAGUAUUUUUUUUGGGGGGGGAGAGAGAGAAAAUUCUCUUUUCAGCUUGUUAUUUUGUUUCUCUUGAAUAAGAAUGAGAUAGGCUCCUAGUUACCUUGGAGCAGUAGUCUCAAGAACAUAUUCAGAUAACAUCUAUUUUCAUAUUGAGGAAUAUACUGUAAAAUCAAUCAUGCAUUUUGAAGUAAUUUAUGGAAAACAGGGUUUUUAAUUAUACAUAUAUAUGUUGUUGUUGUUGUGUGCCUUCUGACUUAUGGUAACCCUAAGGUGAACCUAUCAUGUUUGUUUUUUGCAAGAUUUGUUCAGAGGAGGUUUGCCAUUGCCUUCCCAUGAGGCUGAGAGAGUGUGACUUGCAUGUGUGCAUAUAAUUAGCUUAGAACAGAAGUGCACUGUUAUUAUUUCUUAGUUUAAAGUAUACUGUCACUCCCUUACAGUUGCAAGCUAGGUUUCUGUGUUUUGUUGUAUUCUUAGUUUGUUCAGGCUGUAAUCCUGUAUAGACAUAACUGGGGAUGCCAUGGUGAACUUUGUAGGACUUGUAGGGCAUUAGACUGAAGCAAGCAAAGUAUGGCCCAUGGGAUACAUAUUACCCCCUAAGUCCCACUAGGGGUCAAAACAUUUAGGAGGGAAAUACACACACACACACACAGAGAGAGAGAGAGAGAGAGAGUACAUAUGCUUUGAAACUGAGCCACACACCCCACCACAUCCUAUGAAAAAAAGCAAUGUUUUUGCCCCAAAAUGCCCUCUAGGGCGUAUGGGGGAGAUUUUUAUUCUUUUUGGCACCCUCGGCCAUUUUAAGCCCAGUUGAGUUUUUUUCUAAAACAGAAAGUGAUUUCUGGUCAUUUACUGCUGUGAAAAAAGGCCUUGCUUAGGCCUAAAAUGGUCCAGGGAGCCCAAAGAUUUGGCAAAAAAAAAAUACACUUCUUAUAGGCCUUUGUAAGUGAAACUAUUGGUUUUUUUUGCAAAUGGGUGAGGUGGUGGUAUAGCUGUCCAAGGUCUCCUGGGAGGUUAAUGUGGCUCAUCUGGCUUCCACAGUAGGCCACCCCUGGAUUAGGCUUUGGUUCAUUAGAUAGGAUCCACUGUUAUGCAAAAGACUUCAGCACAUGCAACAGACUUUCCCCCUCCUUUUCUGCAGGUCUCUUAACAGCAGGGUUUCAAGCAGGGAUUCAGCAGAUGGAGCUUUACCAGCAUGGAGAUGCAGUAAUAGGAAGAGCUGCACUUAUAGAAAUUAUGUGUGCUCUUCUGGCAUUAUUACAUUUCAGGUCGCUCUGUAGAAAAGCUUCAUGGGAGCUUCAUCAGCUUCAUGGGAGUCUAUUGGCAAGACCCUGUUUAAGUACUGAGGUGGAAAUAUAUACCAGGUUACCUCCAUUAGUUUUUUUUUCUGCCACCAGUUGUGCGACUCCAGUUUGAAGGCUUUGGGGGCCAGUCCGUGGCCUAGGGGCAGGGAAUCCCAGGUACUAUCUGGAAGCAGCCACACAGCUUGAAAAGAGAUAAGCUAUUGCUGUCUCACCUUUCAGCAAGUGAUUCUCUCUGAAAGUACUGGAUACCUCUUUCUGGAACAACUCAUAAAUGUUGUGUGCUGCUGUAACAGGAGGUUAUGUUAGCAUAUGUUACCAACAGGAUCCUGGCUUGUGGUUGCCAUGGCCCAUUUGGUUAUAUGUUAUCUUUGCCAUUUCUGGACAAUCUCUAUACUUGCCCAAACUUUAGGCAGUAUUACAGUGGUACCCCGGGAUACGAAUGCGCCGCCUUACGAAAUUUCCGGGUUACGAAAAAAAAAUCAAUUAA